AUGGUUCUGCUCAAGCUACAAAGACAUCAUAGUGACAUAGUGGAUAUCAUCCGCCUGAUUCAGAAGGUGGUGGCCGUGGCAGUUGGACUCAUGCGGGCCAUUACUGCAAGAGAUGAUGAAUGGCUUUUCGUGGACGGGGCCAAUGCUGACGACUCUGCUGCUGCCGCUGGCACGCAGAACGCUGGUGCAAGUACCUGUGAGAGCAAGAGUGGGCACACUCGCAAAAGAAAGUUCAAGCAGGGAUCAUUGAUGGAUGUCUUGAGUCGCAGUGGUCUUCCAGCAGGACCAGAUUCAUUGCAAGCUAUGUUUGAAUAUCCCUCCGAGUUUGUGCGUCACAUGUUUGCAGAUCCUCAGAAAGCCAAGCAAUGCAAGAACCUCUUGCAGCAUGGCCUGAUUGACUAUUCUGACUACUCAGGCAUGGCUACUGAACGGGAAUGCAAGCGACUUCUCUUGCAGGUCUUGAAAGAAGAGCAUGGCUUCCACGUUGAGCACUGGUUCACGAGGGCCUGUGAUAUAGACCAGAGCUGCCAAGACAUCUUGGUUGAGAUGUCAAAGAACCUCGAUGGUGGCAGCUGCUGUGUCUUCAGAGACAUCCGGCACCAAAUUGAUGAGGUUGCUCAGAAGUGGUGCGCCGCCACUGACCCUGCCUUAAAUUCCAAUUUGAAAGGGGCAGACGCUCCUUCUUUUGAGGCAAUGGAAGCCGCGUACUCCGACAUUCGGGACUAUCUACUUCGACAUGCACACUGGGCAGUCAACCAGGAGCACCGGGCCUUGUGCGUUGCCCAUGAGACACUCUGUGUUGUGAACCCUCCACGAGAAGACAGGCCAAAACCUCAGGCGCUAAUCGUGGCAAGCGCCGGCAAUGUUUGCGUGGGCUGGAGUUCUGAAGGUAAGCGGGCUAGGGGGGCGCACCCCAGCCAACACCCGCUUGCAUGCUGGGUGGCCCAGCGUCUCCAUCUUGCUAGAGAACAGCAGGAGGACAUGUUUACACAGGAGUGCACGCCCAUGUUUGACAUCAACUCCAACAUCGCUCAACCGCUCCAGGAAACGCACCUGGUCUUGCACGUUGUUGCCGGGCCACGCUUGAUUGGUUGGCCAACGUCACGUGACAGAAUCCUCAGUGUGGGGUUGAACAGGCACACGUUAGUGUGGACAGGUCCUCCUCCAGAGAAAGUGCAGGAACACUUCGAGUCAUUGUGGGGCAGGUCACCCCAAGUCAAUGGUGAUGUCUUCUUUCAGGAAGGUCCGGAUGUGCAGUUGCAGUUCUUGCAUGAAGCCAUGCGGAAGGGGGGCUAUGAGCAUGACCCAUUUGCCCACAGCCUCCAGGCCACAGACCGUCGCAUUCUCCAGUAUGCCUUGGCCCCAGGGCAGUUGCAGAGGCUGGAAAAGUAUCAAGAGCUCCAAGACGAGUUUAGUGCCAUUGACGGCACUUUCAUCGUUGACUUGGACCAUUGGCCCCACAGUCCAGGGCCAGGCUAUGGUCCAAUGUUCCCGGUCCUCUUGCGACAUGGAACCGUGGUGAAUUUGGCCACCUGGCAAAUGGCGAUGCCCCGAGACCGGUUGCUCUCUCUUGGCUUUCACGCGCAUGAGUGUGUGGGUGAGCGUUUCUGGUGGCCGUUGACAGAGACGGUUCUGGGCUGCAGUGAUCGUGUCAUCAAACAGCUGACUGGAAACUCGCAGUGCUUACCGGUCAUCUAUGCUUGGCAUCUUUACGUGUUCUGUCACACGUGCAGGAGAGAGAUUCCUGAUGUCUGGAAGGAGCGUGUUGGAGUGCCGCCAGAAACGUCAGAAACCGACAGCGAGGCAGCCACUGAGAAGCUUGGAGUGGCCUUUGCUGUUUCAACCCGCUUUGAGCGUGCUAGCUUGCUGACCAUGGCUGUUCAAGCUCAGGAUGUGCAAAAUCACGCUCGACCUGCUGCCAAUGAAGACCAGCAAGCUGCUCAUGCUGCGUUGCCCGUUGCUCCAGUGGACAGGGACAGGGCCCGCAUACCUAGGUAUGGCAAUUUGCAGACCAGGUUUUACCAGAUUUUGGAGCAGUUGCCAACAGUCGCACUUCCCCUGCGACCGCCGCGGGGCCAGUUCAUGUAUCGAUUGUCCCCCAUUGCUGGUCGCAAGAUUGGAAUUGUGGUGGAUCUUCGGGGAACCAUGCGUGUUGAUCAUCCCCGCAUCAGCCGCAGUUUCACUUUUGUUGGUCCAGGGGACGCGGGUGAUGCUUUCCGCCAAGCUGAGGCUCUCAUGUACAAGUGGACGAAGAAGGAAAAGCAGGGAUUGCCGCUACGUCCAGCUUUGGCCGCUCUAGGCUAUGGCGACAAUGUCCAUGUGCAGGGCCGUGGUGUUGUGCAGAGGCCAGCAGCACCAGCGCCAGAGGAGGCGUCUGGUAGCUCUGACUCUGACUGCACUCGAAGUUGGUCGGAUGCUGAUGAUUUGCUGGACCGUGGCGCAAACAAUGAGAAUGAUAACAGUCAUGCUGGCCGCCGCCGCCGCCCUAAUGCCCCGGGCCCGGUUGCGGGAGCGUCCCGCUAG